AUGGCACAUCCCCUGCAAUUAGGUUUUCAAGAUGCAGCUUCCCCUGUCAUAGAGGAACUCCUACACUUUCACGACCACGCCCUUAUAGUUGUAUUCUUGAUCAGCACUCUAGUCCUUUAUAUUAUUCUAGCCAUAAUUUCAACUAAGCUUACUAACAAAUUCAUUUUAGACUCCCAAGAGAUCGAAAUUAUUUGAACAGUACUCCCAGCAGUAAUCUUAAUUCUUAUUGCCCUUCCCUCACUUCGAAUUCUCUACCUUAUGGACGAAAUUAAUGAUCCCCACCUGACAAUUAAAGCUGUCGGUCACCAAUGGUACUGAAGUUACGAAUACACCGACUACGAGGACCUCGGGUUCGACUCAUAUAUAAUUCCCACACAAGACCUGGCCCCUGGACAAUUCCGCCUAUUAGAAGCCGACCAUCGAAUAGUAGUGCCGGUGGAAUCGCCCUUACGGGUGCUAGUAACUGCUGAGGAUGUCUUACACUCAUGAGCCGUCCCGGCGCUGGGUGUCAAAAUAGACGCAGUCCCAGGCCGACUAAAUCAAACGGCCUUUAUUACAUCUCGACCAGGAAUUUUUUAUGGGCAAUGCUCUGAAAUCUGUGGCGCCAAUCAUAGCUUCAUACCUAUUGUUGUUGAAGCGGUGCCACUAGAACACUUUGAAACUUGGUCAUCCCUAAUACUUGAGGAUGCUU